AUGACGCUGUGGUCCGAACACCAGCAGCGGUGGCAUGAGAAAAAGCGACGGUUCAAAGAAAACCCCACCGUCGUCACCAUCCGCAAAAACAAGGUCUACAAGGCCAUUCUGUGGGUGUACCACUUCCUCCUCGACAACUGGUUCUUUUGCUUGCUCGGGGUGUUUGUGGGGCUUGCCUACAAGUAUCCUCAGUUUGCCAAGCAAGGGGGGAUGGUCCGGGCCGAGUACCUGAUCGGCUACGGCGCGGUGGCGGUGAUCUUCCUCAUUUCCGGCCUUUCGAUGCUGCUGCGAGACUUGCUCAAAAACGCCCUUAACUGGCGGGCCCACUUCAUCGUGCUCACCCUGCUGUUUCUCAUCACCUCGCUGAUCAUUUACGGCAUUUGUCUGGGCAUCAAAUCCGCCCACAACCAUAAUAUCGACUCGUGGGUGCUUGUGGGGAUGAUCGUCACCCACGCCUGUCCCACCACCGUUUCCUCAAAUGUGGUGAUGACGAAACAGGCCAAAGGCAACGACGUUUUAACCCUUUGUGAGGUGUUUAUCGGCAACAUCUUAGGGGCAUUCAUCACCCCGGCAUUGCUUCAAAUGUACAUGACUGGCGGCUGGGAGUUCGGUAACCCCCAGCACCAAGUGACGGGGACGGAACCGAUAUCCAAGCUUUACGGGGAUACCAUGCAGCAGCUUGGGUCAGCGGUGUUUGCCCCCACCUUCGUCGGCCAAGUGGUCCAGAACAUAUUCCCUAAACAAACGAAAUGGUGCCUCACCACGUUCAAAUUGCUGAAAGUGGGGCUGUUUAUGUUGUUGUUAAUCAUGUUCCAGUCGUUCCUGACCGCGUUUGCCCAGAACGCGUUCGAAAGCGUGUCCCACGCCCUGAUCAUCUUCUUGGUGUUUUUCAACAUCGGCAUCUACUUGUUCUUCACCGUUUUGUGCUUUUUCUACGCCCGUCCCCGAUGGAUUCUCUGGAUAUUCAACCACGAACCUACCGAAGAAGACCUGAAACUCUACAAGUGGGGCUACCGCCUCUUGCGUCCAUUCUACUGGAACAAGCGCGACACGGUGGCCAUCCUCCUCUGCGGACCGGCCAAGACGGCCGCUUUAGGGGUGUCGUUGGUGUCGUCGCAGUACGGGCUGCAGAACCCCAAAUUGGGUAUUCUUUUGGUGCCGUUGGUGUUGUAUCAGGCCGAGCAGGUUCUCACGGCCCAGAUACUCACUAAGUUCAUGAAGCGGUGGAUCAUGGCCGACGAAAAGAAACAACCCGAUGACGAAGAGGCCCAUUUGCGUGAUGACCCUCCCGAAGUCCUCACUGGUGACGUCCCCGUGCUUCCUGAGGACGUCACUAUCCCUUCAUCGUCGUCGUCGUCGACCGCGUCCAUACGUGACCAUGACCAAGCCCUGAGUGGCGAGAAGCACUCGCAUUGA